CAUCAAGAUUAAAUGUAAAUAAUAUAAACCACUCCAAAGAAAUCCAACCAGGCAAUUGAGUAUCUACGAAUAUUGUGGCUUAGAUUAAACUUACAAAAUAAUAUCCAACAACAAAAUCUUGGAAUCCUACAUGGCAGAAAAUCAUCCUCUCUUGUCACCCAAAAUAUCAGUAUGAAAAUCUAUUCAUGAGGAUAUGACCAAUUGGAGGAUACUACUGGUGUGGUAUAGCUUUCCUCAUCCACAUCAUAAACCACAAAAUUUUAUUUAUAUAUUAUCAAUCAGUUGAAUAUAACCCACCAGCUCAUAAUAUUAAACUCAAGUUAUCAGAAUUACAAAAAGAAAUAAAAGAUAGCACCAAGUAAAAGCUAUGGCCACUUCAACUAUCCAACAAUCUGCAUUUGCUGGGCAGACCUUACUGAAGCAACAGAAUGAGCUAGUCCGCAAGGUCGGUGGCAAUGGAGGCCGCUUUUCCAUGCGCCGCACAGUCAAGAGCGCUCCUCAAAGCAUUUGGUAUGGUCCUGACCGUCCCAAGUAUUUGGGCCCCUUCUCAGAACAGACCCCAUCAUACCUUACAGGAGAAUUCCCUGGUGACUAUGGUUGGGACACUGCUGGACUCUCAGCAGACCCAGAAACCUUCGCCAGAAACCGUGAGCUUGAGGUGAUCCACAGCAGGUGGGCCAUGCUUGGCGCCUUAGGUUGUGUAUUCCCUGAAAUUCUUUCCAAGAACGGUGUUAAAUUUGGUGAAGCUGUGUGGUUCAAGGCCGGAUCUCAAAUCUUCCAAGAAGGUGGACUAGAUUAUCUUGGCAACCCAAACUUGAUCCAUGCCCAAAGCAUUCUCGCUAUCUGGGCUAGCCAAGUUGUCCUCAUGGGUUUGAUUGAGGGCUACCGUGUUGGUGGUGGGCCCUUGGGCGAAGGACUUGACAAGGUCUACCCUGGUGGAGCUUUUGACCCACUUGGUUUGGCAGACGACCCAGAUGCCUUUGCUGAGCUAAAGGUAAAAGAGCUCAAGAACGGGAGACUAGCUAUGUUCUCCAUGUUCGGGUUCUUCGUUCAAGCUAUUGUUACCGGAAAGGGUCCCAUUGAGAACCUUUCCGAUCACCUUGCUGACCCAGUGGCUAACAAUGCCUGGGCUUACGCCACCAACUUCGUUCCUGGAAAGUGAAGCAACUAGGAUUUAUAAUUACUUACGGAGAAAUAGUGUGACCAAAUGUAUGAGAAUGAUUUACACGGGCAAUGAAGUUUUAGCUGUGGACAUGAUGCAACUUUGUAUUAAAAGAAGCCUGUAAGGUUGUAAUGUAAAGACUAGUUGCCUAUAACGGAUUGUUAAAUUGCCAAAAAUGUUACUUAUC